AUGAAAGCACCAGCUUACGACUUCAUGUCUGUGGAGCCGGCUGGCAUUUUCAGCCUUCGGGAUAAGAGUGCUCACAGUCGACGUCGUGGUCUCUUGAGCCAUGCUUUCUCGCAGCAGAGUCUGGAUAAUUGCUUGCCACUUAUCAACGACAAGAUUGAUCUCUUGCUCGCCACAAUUGCACGGAAUCGGGACAAGCCAUUCGACACGUUGUUACGGUUUCGACUUCUGGCUCUGGAUAUUGUGGGCGAGCUGUUUCUAGGCCAGUCCUUUGAUGGACUGAAGGAGGACAAGCCGCCGCAAUUUCUGCAUGAUGGCGAUUUACACUUCAUCCAGAGUGGUCUCCAGGGUAAUCUUCCUUGGCUUCACAAUUUCCUGAGCAUCCUCCCAAUUCAGUCAGUCCAAUCUUUUCUCGGCUCAUCUGAGCGUGUUGCGCAAUUCGGAAACACAGCUUACAAAGACUACAUCAAGAAAUACGGCAGGGACUCCAAGCGCCGAGACCUGCUUACGAAGAUUCUAGCUUCUGGCUCCAGCAUGGCCAUGACGGACCGUGAGACCUACGUAGAGAUCGGGAAUCUUGUAUUUGCUGGAUCAGAUACAACGAGUACGACACUCACCUACAUGUUCUGGGAACUCGCUCGGCAUCCUGAGUGGCAGACGAAGAUUCAAGAGGAGCUGCGCAGGUCUGACGAGAAACAAUCGCUGGACUACAACCGUCCCCUACCGGUCCUCGAAGCCGUCAUCAACGAAGCCCUGCGACUCCAUCCUGCUGCGCCCUCGAGCCUUCUGCGUGUUGUGCCUAUGGGAGGUUCAGAUAUCGCAGGCUACACCCUCCCACCCGGCACGACAGUCUCGAUGCAAUGUUACACUACCCAGCGCAACUCAACCGCAUUUCCGGACCCAGACACUUUCAACCCACAGCGAUGGCUGAACAGCGACAUGUCGGCAGACGCAAAACUUCUCUUCAUGCCGUUCUCGCGAGGCACUCGUGCUUGUCUUGGUCGAAAUCUGGCCAUGAUGGAGUUAAAGGGGUUUCGGCGGCGUUGUUGGCUAGAUAUCGCGUUUCUGCCCCUGCUCACACGGAUGAAGAGAGCAUGA